AUGAGUGGCAGCGCUGCCACUCGGCCCUCGCCAGGCGCCUCCCUGCAAGGACAAGAAACCACCGCCAAUGACGCCGCUUUCACUGCUGCCAACUCCUCACCUCAAGCUGCUCCUGAAGCUUCCCAACCCGCAGAGACCAUGACAGAAAAGCCUAAACAGCAGCCAUCGCUUGUCAAAAUCCCCUCUCGUACAUCCUCGAACCAGAAGUCUUCUGACCAAACUACCGUCCCGACCCCGGCCGUCCCUGAUGAGCCACCUCCAUCGCCCAGGCGAGGUUCGAAGCGAAGUCUUCUCAGUAGAAGCAGGAACAAUAGCAGAGGUAGUCGAAGGUCGCUUAGAGCAGCUCGGGCGGCCGAGACCACGAAAGAACCUGUUCCUCCUCUCCCACAGACAGCUGCUCCCAAAAUCGAGAAGAAAGCACGUAGCGGGUUGCUUGCCUUCCUGAACUGCUGCAGUCCAACCGAUUAUGCUGAUGACACCAAAUCAGACGACCCCGAUGUUGCAGCAAAGAAAAUCAAGAUUCAACCGCAGCUUCAAAGAACGGCUAAACCACAAGAACAAAACGAGGUCGUGGAGAACGAGAAGGUUUUGGAAGGCAAAACACCCGUUGACGACGCGACUGCGCAGGGAAAGGCUGGGGAGGAAGGUAACGUAGAAGUCGUGGAGAAGAAGGAGCCUGACGAGUCACGACCGAGGAUAUCGCGUGAGGAAAUCUAUCAUGAAAAGGUCACAGUUCCUGGCAUGAGCGGCACAACACCAUCCACAAACAUCCCUGAUCAAAAUAUGGCAUCUCAUGGCGAUGAAGACCCGAUCCGGUCGACCACCGUUACUGUGCCCGAGCCUUCGGCAAAACCAGAUGUCAACGUGAUAGCAGCCACACCCACUGAAGCGGAGCACCCUUCCGAGCCCCAACGAUUCGAGGGCAACGAGAAGACAGCUGCUGACGUGGAGAUGGCAGAUGCCCCUCCUGCUGUUCCAGUUGUUGAUGAAGAACCCUUGGAUGAGCCACCACAGCCUGCUGAACUGCAACCACAAGUGCCCUUACCUCCUCCACCACCGUUGUCCAAACGACAAGAACAGUUUGCUUCCGAAGAGGCUGCCCCCAUUCCAGAAGCCUCACCAGAGAAACAAUCAUGGCUGCUGCCUCCUGUGCAGCCUCAUCUGAAAGGACGCAAAUGUUUGAUUCUCGACUUGGACGAGACCUUGGUGCACAGCAGCUUCAAGAUCCUCAAUCAAGCCGACUUCACCAUUCCCGUCGAAAUUGAGGGUCAGUACCACAAUGUCUACGUGAUCAAGCGACCGGGUGUGGACACCUUUAUGAAGAGGGUUGGCGAACUUUACGAGGUGGUCGUCUUUACUGCUUCUGUUUCGAAGUAUGGAGACCCUCUGCUGGAUCAAUUGGACAUCCACCACGUUGUUCAUCACAGGCUCUUCAGGGAGAGCUGUUACAACCACCAAGGAAAUUAUGUCAAGGACCUGUCACAAGUCGGUCGAGAUUUGAAGGAAACCAUCAUCAUCGACAACUCUCCCACCUCCUACAUUUUCCAUCCCCAACACGCCGUUCCAAUUAGCUCUUGGUUCUCGGAUGCGCACGACAACGAGCUGCUGGAUCUAAUACCAGUUCUCGAAGAUCUGGCGGGACCGCAAGUACAGGACGUAAGCUUGGUCCUGGACGUGGCUCUGUGA